AUGGAUAACAGCGAGGUAGAUGACAGCGGUGCUCAUAACGAACCUGGCACACGCACCUAUCGACUCCAUAACAGACGUCGGCCUUGUGACCAAUGUCGAGCCCGCAAGGUUCGGUGUCAAAUAGAGAAUGACAAACCGCCGUGUCAGCGGUGCGCGCAAACAGAAACUGCGUGUACUUUUGUAGGUCGAUCAAGACGUACGACACGACAGAACAGAGCUCGAUCUGUGUCCACUAGCGCUCAUUCACCAGCUGUCAAUCAUGCCUCCCAUGAUAACACAUUUGAUAUUGACAACUCCUUCGACACGGGACAUAUACCAGCUCAACACGCUUCCUCUCAAGCACCGACCAUCUUCGCAGCAACUCCGCCCGUUUUAUCUCACCAAAGCCAGGUCCCGUAUCAUCAAGCAUCAACCCUUGGCAGUGUGGCCACGACAACUCAGUUGCAGUUCUCCAAGUCCCUCGAUGACAUCAACGGGCAAACAUCCAUUCUCCUGGGAGCUUCCUCUGAAUCUGACCCUUGGUUGCUCCGCCACUGUCAGUUCGAUGAAUAUGGGCUCAGAAGCUUCUAUGGUCUGCAGUUUCGUAACAUUGGUGGAGUUCCUAACAGACAGAAGAUUCCCGUGCACUUCAUCGUGAGACAAGACGAGACGGAUGUAAUAGACGCAUCACUAAGAGCCAGGCUGAACGAGCUCAUACCUGUAUCAUGGGGCCUGAGGCUCAUCAGGCUGUUUUACAAACAUGUUUACCCUGUAAUGCCGAUUAUAUCUUCGACGUACUUCAAUCAAGAAGUGCUUAGCGAUUUAUAUCCCGCGCCCGGUGUAUUUGAUCACGUCCCUUGUCACUUGCUCGGCGCCAUGUACGGCCUUGCAAUACCAUUCGCUAGAAACGAUGAUCAUCUCUCCAUCGUCGACAUGCACAACCAACUUCCUCUCGAAGCCGUAUGGCGUCUCGUCCACGAAAGCCUGCAAGUAGAAAUCCGACAUCCUCAAUUGUGUGUCUUGCAAGCAGGCCUUUUCUAUCUACACGGGAUAGGUCAGGACCACCAACCGCUUUCCACAGCGCCGGAUGCGUUCAAGUGGUCAUGGCUGGGCAGUCUUGUAGGCAUGGCUCAUAAUCUAGGCCUGCAUCUCGAGACUCGAAUGUGCGCCAUUCCGACUGAAGAGAAGCAACUGCGCGCCCGGCUCUGGUGGGCGUUGUAUACUGAGGACAAGUGGCUAUCGCUUCUAAUGGGUAGACCGCCCUACAUAUCCGAGGAUGAAUGGGACGUCUCCCCGCUGGAGGAAUCCGAUUUCAGCGUUCCGAUCAGUGUUCCCUUUGCGGAUGUUAUCCAUGCUGAACUGACACGACCAUUUCGCGAUAUGUCCCGCCUGUCGGCAAUUGCAAGCUUGGUACAGUCGUCCUUCUAUUCGUUAAAAGCUUCACAAAAGCUCUCUGAGAACCUGUCACUCUCCAUUCAAAUAGCACAGCCCAUCUUUGAGCAGUUGAGCUUAUGGCGUGCUUCAGUCUUAGCCCCAGAGUCACCGACAAUAACAAGUAACAAUGGCAUGCUCAACGACAAGGCAUCUUAUCCCGCAACCAUACUCGUGGCGCACGCAACACUAGUUACAUAUGUAUGGAGAGCGCUCCUACGACCCAUCGUGCCAUCAGCUUUACCGCCGCUUAUCGUCGAUGAUCAGCAGCUUGCAGAAGCGUCUCUCUUUAUGGAGCUUCAGCCGCAUGAUAUCGAGAACCUUUGCUGGGAUCUACCAGAUCUAUCGCAUCUCGAGUUACCACUGAGAAGCACCGUCGAUGGUACGGGCUCACAUGGUGCAGUUACUCAGAACCUUCAUCAGUCCUCCUUGGCCUGGGCUACGAGCCUGUCAAGUCUCGUCAAAAACCUCUCUCCCGCUCGUUUCCAUGAGUUUUGGUAUUCUUGUGAGUGA